AUGGGCUGGGUCUAUAAUCUGACCGUCCCUGAUCCCCACAGUCAUGUCUCCCGCGUCAUUGCUAUCUGUCUUGUGUUUUCCAUCACGGCUUGUUUGGCGGUGUUCUUGAGACUGUAUAUUCGCAUUCAUACGAAGAGGUCGGCGUGGCUGGAUGAUUUUGCGGCGCUAUGGAGUGCCCUGCUGGCCAUGACGUAUGCUGGGAUUGCUGUUGCGCAAACAAGAUGGGGUCUAGGUCUAGAUGCAAGGUAUUUCCCUGAUCAGAAUGUGGUCAUGUUUAGCAAGAUCCAAUACGCCGGUGGCCCCGUCUACACACUUGCAUUACUCGGCUUCAAAGUCUCCCUGCUGUCAUCGUACCUGCGCAUCGGGGGCUUCGUGCAGGCGUACCGCGUGACGAUCAUCGUGGCUAUUGUGGCGGUGACGUGCAAUCAGUUGGUGUUUACUUUCUUGUUGUGUUUCGCUUGUAAUCCGGUUGCUCGGCAAUGGGAUACAAGUCUCCCUGGAUCAUCUCUCGCAGGAACCAGUCUCGGCUUCGACAUAAUCAUAAUCGCCCUCCCCCUUCCCGUCCUGCUAACCCUCCAAUUGCGUCUACGCCAAAAGAUAGCUCUCGUCGGCGUCUUCGCCCUCGGCUUCUUCAUAACAAUAAUCCAGAUCAUCCGAAUCUUCACAAUCAAGAACCUAAAAACCUACACAGACAGCCAACCCAUCGUCAUCUGGUCUGACGUGGAAAUCAGUCUAGGCGUAAUAAUAACCUGCAUCCCGACGUACGGCCCAUUCUUCCACGCCUUCGCAUCCACCUUAUCCAGCAGCUACAACAACAACCGCACAUACACGACAAACAAUACAUAUAACAAUCCGCAUAAUACCUACGCUACGCUUACGUAUUUGACCUCGCCCACGACGACGACGAGUACGUCGUAUCCGUUGCGGAAGACGCAGACGAGGAAUACCACUGCGAGCUCGAUAGUUACUAGUGGGGGGAGGAAGAAGAGUCGCGAUCUAGUGGAUGCGAGUUUAGAUGAGGUUGCACGGGGCUUGGGGAUGGAUGGGUUGGGAUUGGAGAGUGGGAUGUUGUUUGGGACGAGUGCGAGUGAGGAGGGCCGGUCGGUGAGGAGUAGGAGUAGGAGUCGGAGUCGGGGUAGUAGGAGGGAGGAGAGGAGUUGUAGUCCUGGUGGUGGGGGGUAUGGAGGGGUGUGGGAUGGGAGUGGGGUGGCGCCGACGACGACGACGAUUUGUAGUUUGCCGGCGGUGGCGAGGGUCAGGGAGGGGAGGUUUGCUGGGGAUGGUCUUGGUGUUGAUGAGGAUAUGUUGGAGGCCGGGUAUGGAGGAGGUGGGUUUGGGGUGAGUGCGGUUGGGGGUGGGAGUUCGAGUAGUAUGGUUACGGGGAGUGCUGGGGCGAGUGGGAAUGCGAAUGGGAAUGGGAGUGGGUGGAGGAUUCAGAAGAUUAUGGAGGUUAGGGUUGAGAGGGAGUGA